AGGAAGUCAAUUUCAACGCAGGGACGCGGGUUUUGUUCAGUUGCUCUUCAAGGGUUUCAGAUAGUAAGGUAUCAACAGAAUGUCGGACUCACAGCACCCCGCACCCAACCGGCUUGUCGUUACUGGCUUACGACGCUUACCAACGCUACCGGCCGAGCUCAUCGACGCCAUUUUCUUGAGGUGCGGAAUUUCCGAAGCCGCCAGGCUCGCAAUCGGUCUCAAACGAGAAGGUCUCAAGAAGCUGGUCCUGCCCAAGCUCACCCUUGGUUGGCUAUGGCUGCGUGAAGAUCCGGAGCUUUUGGAGUGGUUGUGGAAAUACAAAGUCGGAGGACUCGUAAUCGAAGGGGCCGCAAUCGGAGGACCCUUCUACAAUGCUAUCGCCACCCUUGCUAACUGGGGACGCCUCGAGACGGUGCGAGAAAUGUACGCUGUGGCCUCCUGCGAUAUCCGGCGGGGCUUGGGUCCCUGUUUGUGUACAGCAGUGUGGCAAGCAGCGAGGCGCGAGCGCUACGAUUUUGUUGAAUGGGUAUAUUUGCUGGGGCAUGAUCGGGUAGACAUUGACACGUUGGCGGCGGCUGAAGCGAUUUUGCAGGCGGCUGGACGUGCGUGUCCCGAGCUCCAAAACUUGACGGUCCAUCGCGAGCUACGAUGCCGUCGCCACGCUCGCUGUGAAGGGAAAACUCGACAUGAGCAUCGAUGGGAGGCUUUCUUGAAAGCAGCUAGGGCUGAUAAUCUUCAGACUGUCAAAUGGCUACACGCCAACGCCCCAAGACCGUGGCCGGCAGGUUACCGUGAAGCUGCUCUGUCCGGCGGGGGCCGUGAUCGCAUUUACCAUUGGCUCCGGAACGAAUAUAUCAAAGGAAUCGACGGGCCAUGGGUCGAUGGGACAUUCGUCAAUGGGAUUUGGGUUGAACAACAUGCAUCGGCCCCUCGACCCUUCCGGCCCCCCCGCUCUCCUCCUGCGCAACCGAAAACAACAGGACGCCGUCGGGUCGGAUGUUGCUUUUUUCUCAAUCGACCUAGCUGAUUUCAGUCUGCAGGAACGUCACUUCUCGGACGCCCUUCGACGUUGGCGCUUGAGGUGCAUCACCACCUUACCGUCUUCGAAAGCCAAACCUAGGUUGAGCGGUUAUCAGUCAAGCUCAAGCCUUAUUGGCCGAAAUACGAUAGGAAAAAUGAAAGAAACAGCGUGUGAACUAGAUAGUUGAAAAUGAAAUUUUGGGCUCGUAUCCCACGUUCUUUA